GUCUUAUUGUCAUUCGAUUCUUGUUGCUAAUGAUGAUGGGACUGGUGGUUUUGAGAGAAUUACUGCAACAAAUUCUAUUACUUCUUCUCUUUGGAUUUCACUUCAGAAAAUUUCCAAAAAUUGCCUCUAGCCCUACUUCUUGCAGUUGCAGAGGCGGGAAAGUUUCUUUCAUGUUGCUUUGAUUUGAAAAAAAGUUGUGCUGCUUCGGUCUGAAAACAAGUUGUUUGUCAAUUAGUUUUGGCUUUCGAGAGUUGUAAUUCUCAUCUGUAACUGUGAGAUACUCUUUAAAGUUGAUGGUAGGAAAAGCUUCAGGAGAUGUUUUGGAUCACAGAGUUACUCUAGUUUUCCUCUGUUUUCACUUAUGUGCAAUCCAUUUAUCACUAUUGUCGACAAAGACUCAACAAUCUAGUUGACCUCUUGCUCUCUUCUCUGGCGGCAAUGAUUAAAGAUACCACAUGUUUGGAGAUUUCCUACCACAAUAGCAAACCACGCAUGUAGGACCGGUUCCACCAUAAGCACGUUAAGUGAGACAAGCAAACAGUAGAUCCAAAAAUGGUGGUAUAGGAAUGAGCCGAGACACAAGAAGAAUGAAAUAAAAAAAGGGGGGCGGGGGGGUGUUCAUGCUUGGUAGUCUCUCUCCAUGUGAAGGUUUUGUGAGUGUUUUGAUAGAGCACAUUCACAGACUUUUCGUGGCUGUGGAAUGCCUUUCAGGGGAAGUGUCAGUGGCUUGUGCACUUCCAUUAAUCUAAGAUUCUUCUUUAUCUGCCAUGAAUGUGCAUUUACUUUUGCCUCCCUAGGGUUCAAAUGGUACCAGAAAGUCAUGAAUAGUGAUUUGCAGUAAGAUAUUAGUCUCUGAUACCAGAUUGUUCUGUUUCGUAGCCUUAAUGUGAAGACUUCUUGUCCCAACUUCUGAAACUCUUCCAUUGACAACUGAACUCAAGCGUCUCCUAUUAUUUUCAUCUCCGCAUUUAUGCAUUUAUGCCAAGAGCCUAUUGAUCUGCCUCCCCAAUUUAAAGGAGAAUGAAUUCCACAUCCACUCAGUUUGUCACCCCCGGAAGGAUGGGCAUCUAUGACCCUAUGCAUCAGAUUGGUAUGUGGGGAGAAAAUUUUAAGAGUAAUGGAAAUCCUAAUACUUCAACAAUGUUCAUAGCUGGUAAUCCAAAUGCGUCUGCAUCGAUGAUUAUAGCACCAGACACAAAGCUAGACAAUCAGUCAGAGGAUACUUCACAGGGUACUCUUGGACAUUCUAACAAGUAUGACCAAGAAGCAUCUAAACCUGCUGAUAAGGUACAAAGACGUCUUGCACAAAAUCGCGAGGCUGCUCGUAAAAGCCGUUUGCGGAAGAAGGCUUAUGUUCAGCAGUUAGAAUCAAGUCGUGUGAAGCUCAUUCAGUUGGAGCAGGAGCUUGACAGAGCUAGACAACAGGGCCUGUAUAUAGGUGGUGGAGUAGAUGCUAGUCAGCUAGGUUUUGGAGGACCUACAAACUCAGGGAUUGCAACUUUUGAGAUGGAGUAUGCGCACUGGUUGGAGGAGCAAAACAGACAUAUUUGUGAUAUGAGGACUGCUUUAAACGCUCAUAUAAGUGACGUAGAGCUCCGCAUACGUGUAGAGAGUGACAUGAGCCACUAUUUCGAACUUUUUCGCCUGAAAGCAACUGCAGCAAAAGCUGAUGUUUUCUAUGUGAUGUCUGGCUUGUGGAAAUCGUCGGCAGAAAGGUUUUUCUUGUGGAUUGGAGGGUUUCGCCCUUCAGAGCUUCUUAAGAUUCUCGUGCCUUGCAUGGAGCCCUUGACAGAACAGCAACUUAUGGAUGUUCUUAAUCUUAGACAAUCAUGCCAGCAAGCUGAAGAUGCUCUUUCACAAGGUUUGGAAAAACUCCAGCAAAAUGUAGCAGAGACUGUGGCAGCUGGUAAGUUGGGUGAAGCAAGUUACUCGCAUCAUAUGGAAACUGCAAUGGAGAAGUUAGAAGCUCUGGCCCGCUUUGUGCAGCAGGCAGACCAUAUACGCCAGGAAACUUUGCAGCAGAUGUCUCGUAUCUUAACAACACGUCAGGCAGCUCGAGGGCUGCUUGCCUUAGGAGAAUACUUCCAACGGCUUCGGGCUCUGAGUUCACUUUGGGCAACCCCACGUGAGCCUGCCUAGCUUCAUAUUAGGACCCUAUAGCUGGUCAAGAUCUCAAGGAGAUAAUCAUCACUGGAGCCAUACUCAGAAAGAAAAAGGGCGUCUUAGGGUAAUGAUGUAAUCUUAUGUAGACAAUUCAAGCUGCUGACAUUUUUCAAGCAGCCUCCUACAACUGGAAAGUUUUAGAUAUAAAUAGCCAUUCUAUCAAGAGGAAGCUUGUGGUUAAAUCAAUUUUCAGUGCUGCUACUGUCUUGCCAUCAAAUGAUAUAUCACGUUGAGUCUGCAUAUGAAACUUUGUCAUGUAAAUUGUAGUCUACUUGUGUUUGUAUUUUUGUUCUGCCUUGUACAUAAAUCGUGAGAAUUGGAAACUAUUUGUUGCCUCCCA